AUGAACCUACCGAAUCGACGCAAAAUCAUGGCCAAACUGCAGCGAGGUUUGAGUCUUUUCAAUUGUAAACUUUUUGGAUUUGCAAUUUUUAUGUGAUAUUAAAACGUUUUUAUAUUAUAAAUUUGUUAUGACAAAAAAGACUCUAUAGUACAAAGUUUUGAAAUAUUUUAGGUCGAUUUUGACCAUAAAACGGUUAAAAACCUAAAAUGAUCACCUGAUGGUCAUGAAUAAUAUAACAAAAAACCCCUGUUUUCAACAACUAAACCGAUUUUAACUAAUCCAAUUUUUACAAAAAAAAUAUCCACAAUUCUUUCAGUGAACACUAUUGGCGAAAUUUUGGACAGGAAGCGGUCGGUUGCGCGAAUAAUGUCACAAACCGCCGACGGGCUGAACCAAAGUUUCGAAUUUAAAAAGUGCGCACCUGAAGAUGUUGUUUACGACCUGUUCAAAGUGCCCGGCAAAGAUGAAGCCUCAAUUGGACGAUUAGUGAGUGUUCUGAAGAGUCUCGGUUUGAGAGAGGAUGACCCGCGGCUAAUUCCUACCAUGGAGAAGAUAAAGGAGUACGAUCACAACAUGAAUGAUGAUUUUGAUGUGAAGAGGUAUCGAUUGCCACGGGAUCAGUUCAAAGAGUAAGUGAAAAUGAUUGGAUUUUUUUGAAUUGCUCAAAACGUCGUUUUUUGUGGUUUUAGGGGUCGACUAUUGUACUUCCGCAGCCUGCAUGGCCUGUCGUGUUUCGGGCGCGAACUGCAGAGCUCAUGCACUUUUCUCGAAUAAAAAUUACGAGAAAACUUUGUUUACAGUCAAAAUAAGAUUAUUUUACAAGCUUAAAACAUGAAUUUUGUGUUUUCAGUUUAAAACAUAUUGUUUUACAUUAAAAUCAACCAAAAUAAUAGAUAAUUCUUCGUAUUUUCAGCUGUAUUCAUCCGAGCAUCUCACUGAUCUCUCAAGCUUUGCGCAAUGAGCUAAUCGUACCAUCAUGGAAAGAAUUUACUGACAAAAUCACUGAGAUCUUUGAGGACGUAAGUUUUAAUUGGUUUUAUUAUUUUAGGUAUCAAGUUGUUUUUUAUUAAAAUUAUUAUUAUUACUAAAAACAGGGUUCUAUUUAUGCUUUUUAUAAAUAAUAUUGUUUAAAUUAUAGUGUCGAACUUGUGUGGAAGGAAAUGUGGCUACUUAUAUUCCACAAUUAGCUAGACAGGAUCCCAAUCGAUGGGGUUUGUCGGUUUGCACGAUUGAUGGACAAAGGUUCUCGAUCGGAGAUGCCAAAACACCUUUCUGCUUUCAGUCAGUGUCCAAGGUAAGUUUUUGUUUGAUUUUCUUGUAGUUUUAGACCUUAAAUUUGAUUAAAAUGGCGUUAAAAAGGGAAUAGAAGAUUUUCAGCAGAGUUUGCAUAAACUUCUUUUAAAAGCAGCGUUUACUGGUUAAAAACCAACUUUGUUUUAGGCUUUCAACUACGCAAUAGUAUCAUCAGACUUAGGUUCAGAUUAUGUUCAUCAAUUUGUUGGCCACGAACCUUCUGGCCGCUUGUUCAACGAAAUUUGUCUGGACGCCAAUGGAAAGCCGCAUAACCCAAUGAUUAAUGCCGGUGCCAUAGUUGUGACAUCAUUAUUGAAAAACGGUAUAUGUAUGGCCGACAGAUAUGACUUUGCUUUCAAUGAAUACAAAAAAUUGGCUGGUGGCGACUAUAUCGGGUUCAAUAAUGCGACAUUCCUUUCCGAACGCGAGACAGCAUGUCGUAACUUUGCUUUAUCAUUCUUCAUGAUGGAAAACAAAUGUUUUCCACCUGGUAUCCAACAAUUGAGAGAGGAAUUGGACCUGUAUUUUCAGCUAUGUUCACUAGAAACACAUUGCGAGUCGGCCGCGGUUAUGGCCGCCACUUUGGCUAAUGGUGGUGUAUGUCCAACGACAGGUGAUGUGUGCAUUGACUCAAGACCAUGCCGGGACGUGUUAUCACUAAUGUAUUCUUGUGGAAUGUACGAUUAUUCAGGACAAUUUGCUUUUCAUGUUGGAUUACCUGCCAAAUCAGGAGUGUCGGGUAAUAUGAUCAUUGUCAUACCUAAUCUUAUGGGUAUUUGUGUCUGGUCACCACCAUUGGAUAAGUUGGGAAAUAGCUGUAGAGGUGUGAAAUUCUGCCAAAAGUUAAUCGAAGCUUUUAAUUUCCAUAAUUAUGACUCUUUGUUACAUGCGGAUUCACAGAAGAUUGAUCCGAGAAGAGCGAUGGGAUCAAGGGAGACUGAUCUUGUGGUUAGUCUGCUGUUUGCGUGCAAAAAUGGAGACUUUGAAACCGUUAGGAGGUAAGGACAUGGGCUUUUUACAGUAGAUAAAUACGAAUUUUAAAAAAAUCAGUUUUGUCUACAGGCAAAACAUGGCUAAUAUUGGGUAAAAUCGUUUAAAACUAUCAUUUUACGUUGUUUUAGGCUCUACAUCCAAGGGGAAAACCUGAACGUAGUGGAUUACGACGGAAGAACAGCUUUACACUUGGCCGCAUGUGAAGGGCAUGCCAAUAUUGUAAAAUUCCUUCUUCAAACAUGCAAUGUUGAUCAUUCUAUUCAAGAUAGAUGGGGACGAACAGCGUUGGACGAUGCUCGACUUUUCCAUCAUCAUGCGUGCACAUCACUGCUGCUACGUGCUGGAAAGCCGAACCAUCAUGGUGGAAGUAAAAGCAAGAACAAGGCUGUCAGCGAUGCGGCUAUGGCGUAAGUUUUUCUUUUGUCUUAGGGUGUGUUUUUGAUUUUUUGGGAAAAUUUUGAUAAUUUUUCAAGUUUUUUCGAUUUAACAAAGGUAAUAACUUUGUUUACAAUAAUUGAAUGUUUAUGUAAUGUUUUGCUAAUACUAAAAUAGACUGUAUAUUGUGAUUUUAUAGCGUAAUUGCUAUUGAUUUAGCGCGACAGAAAUUGCCAGCAGCACCAGCGAGGAAGAGCCACAGGGUUGUGGUGUCAUGAUGCUGGGUAGUGGCGAAGAGGAGUGUGAAGAGGUCCACAAGCCUAGCUUUCAUCUACCUUCAUUAACAUCGUCGGUUGAAGAUGGUAAGUUGUGGAUUAUUUGAGAAAGACGGGAGGAAAUUGAUGUUCUUCAUGUUGUAGUAGGUGUAGGUGGGGGAAAAGGAUUAUUUGUUGUAUUUUUGGAUUCAUAUGGGCAAUUUUUUUUUGUUUAGGUAGUUAAUUUUUUAUAGGUAUUUUAAGUGCCUUUUAGAAGUUUUAUAUGAAGGUACCACUUUAGUUCACACCAUACCAAACGGCCUUAUCCCCAACGGUAGUGCAAUAGAAGAACUGAUGAAGAACACUCAUAUUAAUGGUACAACAAACGGUGUAGCUACUCCAGUAGCGAAUGGUACAAGCUCCACAACUACUACGUUACGUGAACAGUCUCCAAGUCACGUUCAGUUUCAGAACAAUCCAAAUGCAUGA